AUGACUAAUUUGUCAAACAAGGACAAAUAUCUAGUUGUAUACAACUCCUUUCAAGCAUUGGGAUGGUACUAUCUAAUCAUAUCAAUGAUUAUGAGAUUCUUGUUUCAAGGAACUUCAUCAAUCUUUACAACCUUUAUGUCUUUGGGUUCAAUUGUUUGUACAUUACAAGUAGUUGCAUUCCUAGAGAUAUUACAUGUAUAUUUUGGACUUGUAAAGAGCGGUAGUAUCAUGCCAACCAUAUUUCAAGUGUUUGGAAGAAAUCAUGUUCUAUUAUGGGCACUUUGUUAUGUAUAUCCAGCUCAAGAGCAUUGGUCUGUCUUUUUAAUGUGCGCAACUUGGGGUGUUUCAGAACUCAUCCGUUAUCCAUACUAUAUUGCUUCAACUUUGAAUGAAUGUCCAAAGUUUUUGGAAUGGUUAAGAUAUAAUGCUUUUAUUGUUUUAUAUCCUCUUGGUUUUGCUGCUGAAAAUAUAUUAUGGUAUCAAAUGUUACCAAUCAUUUUAGCAAGAAAGAUUCAUUUCCUAAUUAUGCCAAAUUCAUACAAUUUUUCUUUCAACUAUUAUUAUUUUGCAUUGGUUUGGAUUAUUUCAACAUUAUUACUCUUCCCACAACAAUAUCUCUAUAUGUUUAGUCUUCGUAAAAAGAAAAUGUCAAAUACUGUUCCAAAAAAAAAGACUCAAUAA